ACUAUCGUAUCCAACAAAAUUUAUUUACAAACAACCAGCUCCAUUAUUAAUACUCAAAGAGAACGAGCUUGUGAAUAUGGCAUCAAGAUACUGGGUUGUCUCUCUUCCAGUACAAAACUCACCCACUUCUCUCUGGAAUCGAUUACAGGAGCAAAUCUCCAAACAUUCUUUUGACACUCCUCUUUACAGGUUCAAUAUUCCUAAUCUCCGCGUUGGAACCCUCGAUUCACUUCUUGCUCUCAGCGAUGACCUAUUGAAGUCAAAUAGCUUUGUUGAAGGCGUGUCUCACAAGAUCAGGCGACAGAUCGAGGACUUGGAGAGGGUAUCAGGUGUGGAGAGUAGCUCUUUGACUGUUGAUGGAGUACCAGUUGAUUCUUACCUCACUAGGUUUGUUUGGGAUGAAGCAAAGUACCCAACAAUGUCACCUUUGAGGGAAAUUGUUGAUGGCAUUCAUAGUCAAGCGUCAAAGAUUGAAGAUGAUCUUAAGGUUCGUGUUGCUGAGUAUAAUAAUGUGCGCAGUCAACUCAAUGCUAUUAACAGGAAGCAAAGUGGAAGUUUAGCUGUUCGUGAUCUCUCGAGUCUGGUCAAACCAGAGGAUAUCAUUACCUCUGAACAUCUUGUAACGCUCCUUGCAAUUGUCCCCAAGUAUUCACAGAAAGAUUGGUUGGCCAACUAUGAAACAUUGACUAACUAUGUGGUCCCAAGGUCCUCCAAGUUAUUGUACGAGGAUAAUGAAUAUGCUCUUUACACUGUCACACUAUUUGGCCGUGUUGCAGACAAUUUCAGAACUGCCGCACGUGAAAAGGGCUUCCAAAUUCGUGAUUUUGAAUAUAGUUCAGAAGCACAAGAAAGUAGAAAGCAGGAGUUAGACAGAUUGGUUCAUGACCAGGAUAAUUUGAGAAGCUCCCUUUUGCAAUGGUGUUAUACCAGUUAUGGGGAGGUUUUUAGUUCCUGGAUGCACUUUUGUGCUGUACGUGUUUUUGCAGAGAGUAUUCUGAGAUAUGGGUUGCCACCAUCUUUCUUGGCAUGUGUUUUAGCUCCAUCAGCAAAGGGUGAAAAGAAAGUGCGCUCAAUUCUGGAAGAAUUGUGUGACAGUACACACAGCACAUUUUGGAAAUCUGAAGAGGAGGUGGGACCAAUGGCUGGUUUGGGAGGUGAUGCUGAUGCUAAUCCAUACGUCUCAUUCACAAUCAAUCUAAUCUGAUUGAUGGUGAGUCCUGGUUCCAUGUCUGUACUAAAUUCGGCGUCCAAGACAGCAAUAAUAAUGGGGCAGGAGUUGAAGAUAAUGUAUAUUAGAAUUAAUAACUCGAUUCUUUUGUUGUUUACUUUUGAUCUCAGCUUCGAUGAGGACUCAGCAGAGUGGGGGAGAGAUCUUGCCAUACGAGAUUUGUAUUUUAAGCUAUAUUUUAUGAGGUUUUACUUUCUGUAUCUAGCGAGUGUUAAUGCCCCUUCAAUUUAUUAUGUUACGAUGAUCUGCAAGCUUUGAUGCAUUUUCUCGAUUUUGUUUGAUCUUUGAGUUUGAAAUAAUACAAUGCAGCCAGCAGCAUUACAGUUGUAGA